AUGAACGCCCUCCCCAAGCAGAAGCGCAAGCUCUGGCGGGGCCUCUCCGUGGAUCUCCACAAAAACCCACAGUACAAGGUGGGCGGUACGGUAGUUUGGUGGGGCAUCUCCAGCUGCACCUCCGACCAUAACGUCGCCAAGAACUUCGCCAAAGGCUGCGGAGGAAAAUGCACCGUCAUCACAGUGGAGUCGAAGACGGCCGCGGACAUCUCUCAGGUGACUUUCUACAGCAACGAGAAGGAGAGCCUCUUAAGCCCCGGGACAGAGCUGAAGGUGAAAAGCAACAAGAUGUCCGGGAGUGUUUGCGAAAUCACCCUCGAGGAAGUCGGCCGACGUCUCAACUGA